CAUUGAUAAUUAUGUGAUGAUGCCGUUCUAACCAAUGAUCUAAACUGGGUGCGGUUAAACAAAAAUUUGUUGCAGUUGCAUUAAUUUAAAUAACAGUUAGAUAUUUUUUAUUAACUAAUUGAAAAAUGGUUAAAAUAAAAUCAUGUUGGUCGCCCAUUAUAUGGACCAAUAAUCUUAAAACUGGAUGUAAAGCUAUUGCGUUUUACAGUGCAGCUUUGUGUAUAAUUAUUAUAACCUUUAUCGCUUACCAAAUUGCGGGUGGAGAUUCUACGCAGCUUUAUAGCCCACUUUUUGAAGCUGAUGUAAGAGGAUCUCUACCUGCUGCUGGUACGUUUCUAAUCGUCUAUUUCUUUUUGAUGAUUGUUAGUUCUGGAUGUAUGGUAAUCGGCUUGAAUGAGGGUGUUCGAGGAUGGAUGUUACCAUGGCUCAUAAUGUGGUUCAUUUUUUGUGCAUUCCAAUUAACUUUUGGAUUAUGGCUAUUAGGAGGCUACUAUAUUUACCUACAAGUGGUCUUGCCAACUUUUUUAAACUGGUUAUGGAUGGGUUAUAACUUUUACUGUUGGCUAUGUGUUCUAUCAAUGUACAAAAUAUUUGAGGAGCUGCAAUCACCAAAUAUUGAACUAUUGUUACCUUGAUUAUCACUUCUCUGUAAAGAAUCACACAAUCUCAUUUUUUUAGAGAUUAUUGAACAUAUUGUAUUAGUUAUAUGAUAAAUUAGGUAGUUAAUUACUAAUGCAUAUCUCUGAGAUUAGAUUAUGGUUCCAUUUACGAUGAACGGAAAAAUUUUAUAUUUACAUUCUUGAGAAAUUUUAAAGAAUAAUUGAUACUUUUAUAUAAAAUGAAAAUUUUACAAUUAGUAAUAAGUAUUUGAAUUUGGGUUUUGAAUAACUAUCAAGACUGAAAAUGAUCUGACAGUAAGCCUACCGUCCAAAAUAGAUCUUAUUAUCACUACUAUUAUAAUGUAUUGUGAUAAAUGUUAAUGAAUUUUGUACAAACUCUUUCAUUUUUGAAAUAAAUAUCAUUAAUUAUUUUAACAAAAAGAA